AUAUCUCCACCUCAGUUCGGUUGAAUCAUUAAAGUGUCGGUGUAAUCCUAGCGCGCUUGUAUGUUAUUUCUAACACCAGAGCAGAUUGGGGUUUUAAUGGAUGGCAGAUGAGAACAUGGUGCAGGGAAAAGCGCUCGGUGCUUUGCAAGCUUUCCGGUUUCUGCACAACAUCUGUGCAGCGGUGACGCGCUCAACAUGAAAAACUGUUUGUGAAAUCCAGGACUGAACCUUAAAGCAGGAAUAGAAGGGAAAGUGGUGCAGUUUGGUGAUCGGCUGGAUCUGAAGGCUCGUCAGACUUUGCUGUGUGAUGGGAAGGUGCGGGACGCUGUGGUGGAGGUAGUGCGCUGCGCACUGGCUUUAGCUGGACUUUAUCCUCUCAGCCCACUUGGACGCACAACACCCAGCUGGGAAGAUCGAGACCUCUUACACGUAUUGUGUUUGAUUUAUUGCGGAUACAUAUUGGCUUGUAUUGGAUCUGUUUAUUCUGGAUCUGUAAAGAACUGCGAGUUUUUUCAGCGUUUGAGCGGCACUAACUUGUUGCGCUUUUCUGCUCAAAGUUUAAACCAUGACAGGCGCGCUGUUACAUUUCCCUUUUCUAGAUCAUCUCAGUUUGCAUCAUUUAGAUCACCCAGUCUGUGAUAAAUAACAGCUCGACAACGUUAAACAACAAGCAACUGUGAUUCUAACAACAAUAGCCAUGUGGAUCCGGAGCUGUGGAAGUGCGUGUCGGCUGCUGGCCGUGUGAUCACGCCGAUCUCCGCGCCUAGUGUCCCCGCCCGCAGUGAUCAUGGUGCCGGUGUUCUGUCUGCUGCUGAUCAUCCAGCUCUUGUUCGGAGCCUGUACCGGCCUCCUACCUGAGAUCGGACGCAGAAAACACGUCUCUCUGUCCCAGGACGCGCUGGAUGCUUUCGAGCUUCGUCUGCUCACGAUGUUCGGGCUGGAACACAGACCAAACCCGGGCAGUACGGCUGUGGUACCGCAGUACAUGGUGGAUCUCUUCAGUGCGUAUUCAUCCAACAGCGCUGAGAACAGGCACCAUAAAGCAAGGAGCACAGUGGGCAGAAGCGCAGAGAGAUCCGCCAGCCGUGCCAACACCGUCCGGAGCUUCCAUCACGAUGAAUCUACAGAGGAGCUGUCGAGUCAUGGCGGAAAGACAGUUCAGAAGUUCCUCUUUAAUUUGAGCUCCAUCCCCGGAGAGGAGCUCGUCACAUCGGCAGACUUGAGGAUUUACAGGGAGCAGGUGACGACGAACCGUAGCAGUAACAGCAGCGCAGGUUUUCAUCGUAUUAACAUCCAUGAGAUCAUUAAACCUGCCCUGCCUUUUAAAGAACCCAUCACGAGACUCCUAGACACCAGGCUGGUUCAGCAUGGCCUCAGUAAGUGGGAAAGCUUCGACGUGAGUCCCGCCGUCUUGCGGUGGACCAGGGACGGCCACGCCAACCACGGCUUUGUGCUGGAAGUGGUUCACCCAGGCGAUGCCGAAGGAGACUAUAAGAGACAUGUCAGAGUCAGCAGAUCGCUGCAUGACAGCACAGACUCGUGGCCUCAGAUGAGACCACUGCUGGUGACAUUCAGCCACGAUGGCAAAGGACACGUGCUCCACUCUCGGCAAAAACGGCAAGCACGGCCCAACAAGCCAAAAAAGAAGCACAAAUCUAACUGCAGGAGGCAUUCAUUAUAUGUAGACUUCAGUGACGUGGGCUGGAAUGACUGGAUAGUUGCGCCACCAGGCUACCAUGCCUUUUAUUGCCAAGGAGAGUGCCCGUUCCCUCUGGCAGACCACCUAAACUCUACUAACCAUGCUAUUGUACAGACACUGGUCAACUCAGUAAAUAGUAACAUUCCCAAGGCAUGCUGUGUGCCCACAGACCUAAGUCCAAUAUCGUUGCUUUAUUUAGAUGACCAUGAGCGAGUGAUUCUGAAGAACUAUCAGGAUAUGGUUGUGGAAGGCUGUGGGUGCCGCUAAACACAAGGACUUCAAUAAACUUUUGCAAAGACACUUUAUUUUUCCCAAUACUAUUCUUUAUUUAUGCUAAAAGUUUUAAGUAAGACACAUAUUUUGAAAAAAUAUAAAUCUAUAUUUAUGUCCACUAAUGGGAAAAUAAAUAUUUGAAUUGGAGUUCAAGUAAUGUAUUUUCCAACCUACAUUUUCAUAAGUACUUUUUUCCACACAUGAAGUAUGCUGGUCAGAUUUUGUAUUUAUUUCUAUCGUAACCACUUCUAGUAAAUAGUUUUUAUCUAUUUAUGUGUAAACGCGUACAUGUGUACAAUGUUUAAACACACUAUAGAUGGAUUUAUGUAUCUCCUUUAGAUUGAAAAGUACAACGUGGACUAUUCACUGUAGAUUUGUUAAAGCCUUAAAUUUAGAGCUAUGCUGCAAUUUCAGUUCCAUCUGCACUACAGUGUCAAAUGGAGAACUAUGUUUGGUAAAGCUACACAGAAAUGUAUAGAUCAUUGGGCCUUUCUUAAAGCUGCAGUAUGUAACAUUUAGGGAAUAUUGGGGACCUCUCUGGUAGAAAUAUGUUACUGCGAAAAACUAACAAUUUUAUAAUGUCAUUUGUGCUGCUUACCCCCGCUAUAAACGAGCUCAGAAGGCACAUUACAGUAGUAUUCCUAAAGAUGUCAUCAGUUCACAAGGUUAUGUCGAACACAAGAACAACAAUUUACCCAAAGAAAUAAAGAAUAAAUGUGGGUGACCAGUAUAGCUCUAAGCUAACGACAUAAAUUAUAUAUAAUAUUAUAAUAUGUUGGGUUAUGUAGUAACUUUUGAUUAUUUAACUGUCAGUAAAAAUCAGAUUGGCUCAGAAUUAAAUUAUAGACAGGCAGUAGAGUCUUGUAUCCCACACAGAGAUUAAAAAAAAUGUAAACACUGGUGGGGGUGGAAGUUUCUUCAAUAGAUUUUUGGCAACUAUACAUUGUGGGAAUCUUUGUUUUAAAUUACUAAGCCUCAGCAGAACCAUGUAAUUUUGUAGAGAAGAACAUUCUGAACAAUUCUAAUAUGAAUAUUUAGACUGUGUGAGAGUAAAGAGGAUGGAAUAGUUAGAUUAGGACAGGUAGUGAAGCCCAUGUAACCUACUGACAAAAACCCAAGCUGCAGUACACUCAAAUCCACACAUAAGGCCUAAAUAUGUGAACACCCCUCAAGUGUUUCAGCCUCACUCAUUGCUAAUAGGUAUACAAUCAUUAAUGCAAAAUAAGCUCCUACCCUAAAAGCAUGACUGUUAUCUACAAGUGCAUGGUUAACAACCUUAGGUUGAAGGAACUCCAGUGGCCUGCUCAAUCAUUGGGAAAAACUCCCAAACUGAUUGCACUCACAGAUUUUAUGCCAGACCUUCUGGUCCAACAUUAGAGCCCAGCUUCACAAAUGCACUGUUGACUAAAUAGGCUUAAACUCAAAAGGACACACUCCAAAAUCUUUUAAUAAACCUUCCCAAAAUAGUGGAGGCUGUCUCUGCCACCAAGAGGAAAGUCAAUUCCAUUCGAAUGCUCAUGGUUUUGUAAUGGCAUGUUUAGCAAGCUUGUGGUCAGGUGUUCACAUAUUUUUGGCCAUUCAGUGCAGACACAGGCAAAUAGACAAAUGAAUUGUUUGUUGAGUCUGAACUCAGAAAGCACAUGUCACUGUGGGUUAGCAAUGAAGCUAAGCUAAUCUCCCUGUAUGUGCUAUUUUGUAACAGAGGACAAACUUGUUCCCCCUUUAGUUUGAAGACAUAAGUAUUAGCUGUUAAAUCAGUCUGUUUUCAGGUAUACUGCCAAAGUAAAAGGUUAAAAAACAUAAAUACUACAAAUAAACAACCAAAUCAAGACAGAAACUAGUAUACAUGUAUCCAACGUUUAACCCAUGUUUUACACUUUCUAUUGUGAUUUUUGGCAGCACAAGGGCAUCACAUUUUAGAUUUGUUUCAUGUUCUUCUACUGACUGACACUUAACAUAUGUUACAAACUGCAGCUUUAAUUAAGGAGCAGUGGUGAAUGUGAAUGCACUUAUUUAGAAGCAAUGUGACAGGUAGUUGACACUGAAUCAUCAGGAACUUUGUUGGUAUGUGUGAGAUCGAUAGUUUGAGUCUAUGAAAUCUACCUACGGUGUAGCCUUAAACACUAUUGCUAUAUGUUCUUAUGUGCUAAAGCUUUGGUUUCCCUUAUAGUAACAUAUCAUGCUUCAUUCAUUGAAUAUGUGUUGUUCACAAGACCUCUAAAUUUUGUAAAGGGGGCGCUGUUAAAAUAUGGUUUGUCAUUUAAGUGUCAAAAGGAGUAUAGAAAGCUGCUACUUCACUAUAGCAUUUAACCAUCUGUGUCAUUUUGUAGGUCUACGUGUUUAAAUUAUGGGCCAAACCUCCCAGUGUUCACGUACUUGAACUCAAUGUCAAAGUUGUAUAAGAAAAAUAAACAUCUCUUGUCUAGGAGUGUUCACAAA